AUGAAUAAUCAAUACAAGUCUUUUGAAAAAAAUAUUGAUCCUGCUAAUUGUAAAGUUUUGUUGGUAGGUGUUGGAGGAAUUGGAACAGAAAUCCUAAAAUGUCUGGUUUUGUCUGGAUUCAGACGAAUAGAUAUCGUUGACUACGACUUUGUUGAGAUCUCAAAUGUAUCCAGACAAUUAUUCUUUAGGCUUGGAGAUGAGGGAAAGUCCAAGGUGCAUGUAUUGGCGGCAAAUGCAACAAAACACUUCAAAUCAGCAAAGGGACUAGAAAUCAGACCUUUUCAUUCCGAUAUUUCCGACUUUUUUUCCAAAUUCAAAGUAAGCCCUGCCGAUUAUAACAUUGUUUUGUCAGCUUUAGAUAACAUUAAUGCAAGAAGAUGUCUGAAUGCCAUAAUAAUGACUUAUUCUAAUCCUAAAGACUCUCCAGUAUUAAUAGACAGUGGAACUGAAGGCUUUAAUGGACACUGUAGACUAAUUAUUCCAAAAAAAACUUCCUGUUAUGAAUGUACUAUGGGACUCAAUGUCCAGGAUACAAACUUUCCACUCUGUGAGAUUAAGGAGUUCCCCAGAACUCCCAUACACUGUAUUGCCUACGCAAAUUUUAUAUAUGAGGAAAAUAAAAAUGAUGGUCAGGAAAGUAAAAAUCAGAGAAUUUCUAAGAUAUAUAACCUAGCACUCGAACAUGCAAAAUAUUUUGGAAUCCAAGGGGUUACUUUAGAAUUAACACAACAAAUUAUUGGACAUAUUUUUCCAACUCUUCUUUCUACAAACACAAUUAUUGCCUCCUGUGUGGUUUCUCAAGCCAUUAAGUACCUAAAAGGCUUUGAAAAAGAGAAAGACUUUAAAAGCUAUUUUAUGUAUUAUGCUCAAACAGGUAUUUAUUCAUCCUCUUUUGAAAUUCAAAAAGAUGAAAACUGUAUUUUUUGUAAAAUAUAA